CACGUCUCUCUUCGUAGCACUCACCGUCUUCUUAACCAAAUCACAGCACAGAACGGCCUGCUCUCAAAUGGCUGCAGCUAUCUCCAUAGCUCUCCUAUUAGCCAAUCUUCUCGCCACUUCCCUCUCUCUAGAAAUCCACUUCUAUAGAAACUCAUGCCCCAGAGCUGAACUCAUAGUUAGCCAAGUAGUCAGAAGGCAUUUCCAAAGAGACCUAUCAGUCCCUGCUGGCCUACUUCGCCUAUACUUCCAUGAUUGUUUUGUUAGAGGCUGUGAUGCUUCAGUUCUUCUCGACAGCACUGAUGACAACAUAGCAGAGAAGGAGGCUCCUCCAAAUCUAACGCUGAGAACAUUCGAUGUGAUAGAUGAUAUAAAGGCUGAGCUAGAGAAGGAAUGCAGGGGGCUCGUGUCGUGUGCCGAUAUAUUAGCCUUAGCCACAAGGGAUGGGGUGGCACUGUCCGGGGGAGCGGCCUAUGCUCUUCCUACUGGGAGGAGGGACGGGAUUAUUUCUAGAAUGGAAGAUGUUCGUUUACCAAGUCCCACUUUCUCCGUUCAAGAAGCAGUAGAUGCCUUCAAAAGCAUAAAUCUCGACUUGUGGGAUCUCACUACAUUGCUAGGUGCUCAUAGUGUCGGAUUCUGUCACUGUGGAUUCUUCAUCGAUCGGCUUUACAACUACAGGGGCACCGCUUCAGCAGAUCCACAGAUUGAACCAAGCUUGCUGGAAACCCUCAAACAGAAAUGCCCCCCUCAUGUUGCAGAACUUGCUAACAUAACCAAAGACCCGACAGUCUCCAUGAAUCAAGUUGCCUCCACGCCUUAUACUCUUGACAACUCAUUUUAUCUUGGCGUGCUUAAUAAGAAGGCAAUUCUAAAAUUAGACCAAGAUUUGGCUUUCACUGAUCUUACAAGUAGAUUAUCUGCACGAUAUGCGAACGAUCCAAACUUUUUCAGCAGUCAGUUUUCAGAGUCCUUGAUCAAACUUGGAAAUGUGGGUGUGCUAACAGGACAACAAGGGGAGAUCAGACUGAGCUGUCGAAAAGUAAAUGGUGAUACAUCAACAAGUUGAGAAACUAAUUGUAUCUCACGGUUUGUCUUUAUAUUCUUCGUUAAUUGUCUCAUCUCGAAGCUCAUAUUUUUCCUAUAGUUGUAUCUCAAUUCAUUAGUGAGUUGAAGACAGUGAGUGGAACCAUGAGAGUAUCAUCCUCUCACAAUAUAUGACAUUUAGGCAAGCUAUUCUACUUCCUA